AUGGGGAGACGGCAUAUCCCCUCUCGAAUCCAGCCCAACUCGCAGCGCUAUGGGGGCGGCGACUUCCCGCUUCCCCCAAAUGCACAACAGGGGAAGCGGACGAGACGAGGCCCGGGUCACGGGAAGUUGUUAUUUAAAGAUGGCAGUUAUUACGAAGGGGCGUUUGUGGACGGAGAGAUCACGGGAGAAGGCCGCCGGCACUGGGCCUGGUCAGGGGACACCUUCUCUGGACAGUUUGUUCUGGGAGAGCCUCAAGGAUACGGCGUCAUGGAGUACAAAGCCGGCGGAUGUUAUGAAGGGGAGGUCUCCCAUGGCAUGCGGGAAGGACACGGGUUUCUGGUGGACCGGGACGGACAAGUGUACCAGGGCUCCUUCCAUGACAACAAGAGGCACGGCCCUGGGCAGAUGCUCUUUAAGAACGGUGACAAGUACGAUGGCGACUGGGUCCGGGACCAGCGUCAGGGACACGGGGUGCUGCGCUGCGCCGAUGGCUCCACCUACGAGGGACAGUGGCACAGCGACGUCUUCAGUGGACUGGGCAGCAUGGCCCACUGCUCAGGGGUCACCUAUUAUGGGUUGUGGAUCAACGGCCACCCAGCAGAACAAGCCACGAGGAUCGCGAUCUUGGGUCCGGAGGUGAUGGAAGUGGCCCAAGGGUCUCCCUUCUCGGUGAACGUUCAGCUGCUGCAGGACCACGGGGAAAUUGCCAAGAGCGAGAGUGGCCGCGUCCUGCAGAUCUCAGCGGGCGUCAGAUACGUGCAGCUGUCGGCCUAUUCUGAGGUCAGCUUUUUCAAAGUGGACAGAGACAACCAAGAGACACUCAUCCAGACCCCAUUUGGGUUCGAAUGCAUCCCUUAUCCUGUGUCCAGCCCCGCAGCUGGGGUGCCGGGGCCCAGAGCUGCCAAGAGAGGUACAGAAGCCGACGUACCCCUGCCCAGGAGAGACCUGGAGCUGGAUUUGGAUGCCCUCUGUGGCCAGGAGGGCACCCCCGGUGGCCUGCUUGCCGGGGGACACACGCCCCAUUGUCCCGGGGCCUGUCGGCGAGUGGAUCAGGGCUGUGCCGAGUUCACCGAUGUCCUACUGGGGCCGCCCCCGCCCGGGUACCACCCCUUCCUGUUCCUGGACAGCCUCCACAAGAAGGCAGGCAGCAGAUCCAGAGGCGGCUUGCACCCCGGGGGGACACCACCCACUGCACAGGAGCCGCCUGGAGGCAGCAGGCCUGAGGGGAGCGCCACGGAGGAGCAGCCUGCGGCAGCAUACCCAGGGGAGUACGUGCUCAUGAUCCGUGACGUGACCACUCCACCAUUCCUGGGACGCACACUGCCCCCCGCCUUCAAACACCUGCGGGUCGUGGUGAAGAGGGCUGACCGGCCACCCCACGUUCUGGAAGAAGGCCCUGAAGCCUCAAGCGGCUGGCAGGCCCAUGGCUGCGCCCCAGAGCCUCCAGCGCCUCGGGAGGCCCCGUGUCCACAGGAGGCCACCUCGGUGUGAACGGCAAGAAACUCUGCCUCUGCUUGCGGAACCCUGUCCCCGAUUCCCCAGAGCCCUGCGGCUGUUUGAAUAAAAUGCUCAGUGGCAGCU